CCCCUCGUUGUGGUCGGCGUCUCCCCCUAACAUUCGUUCACCCAAGACAUCAAAUCAUCACCCGUCUUAUAAGAACCCUAAAAAACCAAACCCCUCACCCAUAAUAUCCCCCAUUCCCCCAAAUUAGGUUUUAAUCAUUCCACCAUGGACGCUCAACGUGCUUUACUUGAUGAACUCAUGGGCGCAGCUCGCAAUUUAACUGAAGAAGAGAGGAAGGGUUAUAAGGAAGUAACUUGGGACGAUAAGGAAGUGUGUAGUUUUUAUAUGGUUCGGUUUUGCCCUCAUGAUCUGUUUGUCAACACGAGGAGCGAUUUAGGACCGUGCCCGAAGAUUCAUGACCAGAAAUUGAAAGACAGUUUUGAGGCUUCCCCAAGACAUGAUUCGUAUGUGCCAAAGUUCGAAGCGGACCUGGCUCAUUUUUGUGAGAAGUUGGUAAUGGACUUGGACAGAAGAGUGAGGCGCGGGAGAGAACGUCUUGAUCAAGAAGUUGAACUUCCUCCUCCACCUGCGGUUCCAGUUGAAAAAUCCGAGCAGUUAUCUGUUCUGGAGGAGAAAAUGAAGAAUCUUUUAGAACAAGUAGAGGCCCUUGGUGAAGCAGGCAAAGUGGAUGAAGCUGAAGCAUUAAUGAGAAAGGUGGAUGUGCUUAAUGCAGAGAAGACAGCCUUGACUCAGCAACCCCAGAAUGACAAAGUUUUAAUGCUUGCACAAGAGAAAAAGAUGGCUCUAUGCGAAACUUGUGGUUCUUUCCUUAUAGCGAAUGAUGCGAUUGAGAGAACUCAGUCUCACGUCACUGGCAAGCAGCAUAUUGGUUAUGGCAUGGUCCGUGAUUUCCUGACCGAGUUUAAGGAAGCUAAGGAGAAAGCAAGAGAAGAGGAAAGGUUAGCGAGGGAGAAAGAAGUGGAGGAAAGAAGGAAACAGAGGGAAAAUGAAAUUGAGAGUAGACGUAGAAGAAGCAAUUCAAGUGAUCGAGAUAGAAACCGUUAUCGUGAUAAAGACAGAGAGCGGGGUAGGUCUCGAGACCAAGAUCGUCAAAGGUCUCACGAGAGGAAUGGAAGGGGAAGCCGUGAAGGGGGAAGAGGAUCAGAUUGGAAGUACAACAGUUCUAGAAAUGGAAGAGAGGGAAGUAGAGAUAGGUACCGAGAACGUAACAGGAGCAGAUCACAUUCCCCUAUUAGGCGUGGUCACAGAAGGUCACCCUGAAGUCCUGUCCCCUCAUAUUACUGAAUUCUGUACCUAAAUGUCUGAACUUUGUAGUCAGAAGAGCUUUGUAGAGACUAAACUCCUAUCACCAAAAUAUAAAUAGAGGAAGGAAUAGGGGGUGCCCGCUGACUGAUAAAGAGAAGGGUGGACAGGUCGAUUUGAGGACCAAAAUCCUGCUCCCAACUUUGAUCUUUUGGGGGUUUUCAUUGGACAUUUAUUCAAAUAGUUAAGAAGAGGAAGGUCCGUCUAUGUGCAUGUGUAGUCGAGCUGCUGAAAUCUUCUCAACAGUAAGGUAACCCACAAAUCUCAAAAUUUGAUCUGUUGGUCUGUUCGACAUCACCGGAUAAGCUCGAUUUUUAUGUAAUCACUGAGUUCAUCUGAACCUGAGUUUCACCUAAAGAAAAACACAAAAGAAAUUGUAUGGCCAUUGGCCAACCCAUUUGAGUUUUUCUGUGGAAGCUGUCGCUAAAAUAUAUAAACCAACAUAUACGACAUGUUAGCUAAAAAAUAUAAACCUAUGUAUAAGACAAACAUGAAUGGUGGCUUACAAGCUCAGGAGGGCGCAAUGAACCCUAGUAAUCCACAUUUAAAUUGGAUAUUACUUGAUGAAAAAUUGGUUAAAUGGCUGCAUCAUAUUUGAACAGGCUUGCAACUCUUGUCAUCACACUCAAAAGCUUGCAGGCAACUCACUAAACUAAGAAAAACUAGCAUCCAAGUAUUGCCAUAACACUUUGAUAGAAUGAAUGGAAAUGUGACAUGACAUGUCUAUUUAACAUCUCCAUGCUUCAGUAACCUUACCCGACCCGACCCAACCCAUUAAAUUAGAACACUUGCCCAUUGCACUAUUAACAUUUAAUAUUAACUCUCCUUAUUUGUUCCCCCAAAACCCAUUCCUCAUAGAUGAAACGAUCAAUGAGUUGGGUCUUUAAGUCUGAAAGUCUGAUUUUUAUUGGUUUUUAAGUCAGGUAUAGUUAUUUUCCGGUGAAGUUUGUGGACCCUUAUUUGGCAUAUGAGUUGAUGCUGAGUUUGUGGACCGUUAUGUGGCAUAUGAGUUGGAGCCGAGUUGGCUCCUGGGUGUCGAGAUUUAACGCUGUUCAAAGUUAAUGGAACUUAAUGCAGUGCAAGUGUUUUGAUUUUCAAUGACUCAGAAUGAAGUUUUUAUCUGUUCUCUAGUGUAAGUGCAUGUUUUUUGAGUUGAGGAACUUCUGUUCAAGGUUAAUGAAAAUUUAAUGACAGGGUUGUCUGUUUUUUUUUUUUUUUUUUAGCGACUGAGAUGCAUAUUUUCAGGAGUUUAGUACUUUAGUACGUAAGUGCAUGCAAUUUGAGCUUGGUUAUUCAAUUGCAAGUUAAUCACGAGUGUAGUAUGCAAGUGAAUGAUUGCACACAAUUUGAGUUUGGUUAUUCAAUUUUAAAUCAAGAAUCGAGUUUAAUUAUGAAUUAGCCAUAACCCUUGGAAACUAAAUGUAUUUGCAUUGGUGUAUAUAUAAAAAUAAAAACAACAGAACACAAAUCCCAUUUGUAUAUUUGAACGAAUAUCGAGCCCAUCACUGUAAAAUACAAUAAUUUAUUUAAAGUUGUAAAAUACAAUAUAUUUAUUUGAAGUAAUAAUUUAGUAGUAGUUGAAUGCAUAUACAUUAUAGUUGUUUGACUUUAGUUACCUAUGCUAUUUACAAUAUAUAGAAUUAAAUACUUUAUACGAAAUAGUAUGUUAUAAAUGAGCGCAACCAUGAAUCAACUCAACCCAGUCCGCUGGUCUCACAAGUCAUAAGCAUAGCCUGAUAAGGAAUAGUCCAUUAGAUCACUCGUAAAUCUUAUAUAUCAUUUAUCCUUAAAUUUAGCAGCCGUAAUUUGAUAAUGAACAGUCCAUUAGAUUACUCGCAAGUCUUAUUCAUCAUUUACCCUUAAAUUUAGCAGUUAUAAUUGACUAACUGUAAUUUUAGUUUCUGAGUUUGAUUGUACAUUUACAUUAGAUUAGUCCUAAGUCUAUUUAUCAUUUACUCCAAUUUCGAUAUUGUAAUUGACUACGUAUGACUUUAUAAUUUCGAUCUUCUAUCUUUGAUUUAGGAUUGUUAUUGUGCCGAUAUUAUAUAUUUAUAUCAAUAUCUUUAAUGUGUAAUGUUUAUAGGGUACCAGUCCAAGCAAUCAUAUGCCGUUAGAUGAAAUACAGUGGCCAGGAUUAUUACAUUUUUUUUUUAACAUGUCCAGCGCUCUUAAGAUUCGUCCAGUGCUUCUUAAAAAGAAGCGCGGGACGGGAUCAUUUUCCCCAUAUAGUGGUUAAAAAGCGCUGGACAUAUUAAAAAUUUGUUAUAAUCCCGACCGUUUGAUAAUCAUCCAACGACCCAAAGUCUAUAAAUUACUUAGACACCUCUUUGACAAUCAUGUCAGGGACCGUACCCAUAUUUAUAAUGAUCCAUAGUUGAUUCUUGAUUGAUUUGAAACAUUUAUAUUAAAUCUUUGAUCUUUGACUUAGGAUUUUUAUCAUGUUGAUAUUAUAUAUUUAUAUUAAUAAUAUAUGCAACGUGUAAUGGUUAUAAUGAUCUUCUUAGUUGAUAUUUGAUUGAUUGUUUGACAUUAUAAAAAUUAAAAGUAUCAUACGACACAACUUGAUCAACCCCACCCGAUCCAACCAAACUCAUCAUGUACUCGGAGGUCUGAGUUGAAUAUUGUUUUUAGGUUAAUUGGUUGAAAUUUUAUGAACCAAAUUAAUAUUAGGUCACUUAAAGAGUAAAUUUUAGGGUGGUGGCCGGAGUAUGUAGGUUGUUAGAAAAAAGUGGCUAGACUUCCAAUAUAACAAAUAUAUGGCUGGACUUCACCUCCGCCUUUUAGAAGCGUGGCGCUCGUCAAAAAGACACUAACAGUAACAAAGCCGGGGUAAAAGUUGGUUUUAACAAAAAACAAUGGUCCUAUUGUUUGUGUGUAUAUAUGUAAAGCGAACACACCACCUGAAUAAAAUCCUAGUAAAAUUAAUCUUUCUUCCUUUCUUCCUUGCAUUCUGAUCUGAAAUAGCUUCGAGACAUGGAAUAUUGUCAUUAUGGCAGGGGGUGGCUUGGACAUAUGCAAAUGUUGGGAGGCGUUUCAACAGUUGCUGUGAUUUUUUCCAAUGGGUGGAUGCUCUCCUUUACAAUCGAGCUAAAGUUGUCCUACCUGGACUGUUGAGGAGGUUAAGCACUAUGGAGGCUGAACAUGAGAAGCAAAUGGUUGAAUUUCAAAAGAGGGAAAGUAGGAAACAGAUGUUUUGAAUGGUGUUCGGCUAUGCAUUUUUCUUUGUUUUUUUAUGUAUUUUGUGACACAGUGGAGCAAUGUAUGUGCAUAGGGUUGGUAAAUUGUUGGCGUAAUGAAGUUUGGUAGAUGAGAGAAAUGAGCGCUUGAA